GGCAGAAGAGAAAAUCAAGUUUGGUAUUUGAAAAUAUCAAAACUAGCAUUGGCUUUUGCAAUUAUCCAUUCAAAACCACCAGGGAAGAGUUGCAAAGAAUACACUGAGCACCUUGCCAAAACUGUAUCUGAACAAGAUUUUGGAUGGAAAUCGAAAGUUGAAGCGCUGGAAGCUGAAGUUCUUCGAUUACGUCAGGAACUUCUUUUGAACAAGAUCUGUCCGAGAUUCUGCUUGGAAAAUGGAAAACCAGAUGCCUCUGCUGAAACUCUUCUGGAUCAGGAAUGUAUAAACCCUAUGAGUUACUCAAGCCAGCUAGAAGACUCUGGGUGUGAUGUGUCUAAUGACUAUGCGUUUGAUUCUUUAGGCAUAGCUUCUGAUUUUCACCAAUCUGAGCAUGUCGACACUUCUAAACGUUGGUUGGAAAGAGUUCCCCCAUUCAAUCUUCGCUGUACUAGCAAGGAGGAAUCUCUGACUGCUCCAGUGCAGUUUUUGCAACAUCUGCUUGAAAUAAGAAAACUGUCAGAAGGAGGAAUUCUUCAAGCAGACUUCACAGAGCUUGAGAAUGAUUCUUUCACCGUAUUCAAUUCAGUGUCUCAGUUGCUUGAUGGACUGACUAUUUUUUACAACAGUCCUAAAUUUCCAGUUUCUAAUUUUCUUACUGAAGCAGUUUGUGUUUUGAUCAGUUUAAUAACUGAUACUAAAUUAUCUAAUCAUGUUUUGAAGAAGUGUUUCAAGAAGCUGGAAGAAUUUAAGAAAAAUCUAAUUCAGAUUAUUUUAAGAAACAACAAUGUCAAUAGGUUUCAGGCACUGCAUGCUGUAUCACACACGCUGGUUUUGCUAGGAAGGAACAACAUACUAAGAAAUUCUUUAAUAUCUUUGCUACUGUCAGAAGUACGUCAGUUUGCUGAGCAGCUGUUGCAAGCUCACCAGAUCCAGGACAUGUAUGACAUUACCCAGUAUGAGAAUAUUUUUCUUUUGUGCAUGAUUCUGGAACAACUUCUUCAAAAUGAGACAGAAGAGAGUAACAUUUCAAGCUCAGACUAUGAUGGAGAAGAAAAAAUCAAAUUUCUGAAGAACCUUGAUCAAAUUAUUCUUCACCUCUCAGAUGAAUUCCCUUUGUUUUCUUUAUAUUUAUGGAGAGUGAGUGUUCUUUUGAACUCAGCUCAAAUACAAAUUGAUUAA